AUGGGAUCAAUUAUAUCGAACAACCAAAGCGCUUUUGUCAAAGGUCGCUACAUCCUUGAUGGGGUGGUAAUACUUAACGAAUCAAUCAUGGAGGCGAAGAAAAAGAAAAUGGGGAGAACUUUUUUCAAGAUUGAUUUUGCAAAGGCAUACGACUCCGUCGAGUGGGACUUCCUCGAUGCAUUGCUUGUUAAUUUUAGCUUUGAUAGCAAGUGGAGAAAGUGGAUGAAGGGGUGUUUGUAUUCAGCCUCGGCAAGUAUACUGGUGAACGGGUCGUCUACCAAAGAUUUCAAAAUGGAAAGGGGAUUGAGACAAGGAGAUCCAAUGUCUCCUUUUUGUUUUUUGAUUAUCGCGGAAGGGCUCAAUGCUUUGGUAGAGAGAGCAAUUGCUAGGGAACUGUUGUUUAUGUCGGGCCUUGCAGUAAACUUUGAAAAGAGCUCAAUUAUGGGAGUGGGGAUGGCCGAAGAAAAGAUUGAGAGAUGGCCGGAGAUGCUUGGAUGCAGAGUGGGCUCUCUCCCCUUUAGCUAUCUCAGCUUAAAGGUAGGGGGACGUGCUAAUAACAGUGUUGAUUGGAUUCGUCUAGAGGAAAAGGUGUCAAAUAAAAUCAAAGGAUGGAAGAAGAAUCCUACAUCUUUGGCAGGUCGAAUCACUCUGGUCAAAUCGGUUCUGCAAGUCAUUCCGGUGUAUCAACUCUCCUUCGCUACUAUUUCUAAAAGUGUCGUGCGUAACCUGGGCUCGAUGUGUGGAAAAUUUCUGUGGGCAGGGGGGGAGAGGGGGCAGGGGUAUUCCAUGGAUUAA